AGAGAAUAGCAUCGACGUAAUCAAUCAUGUUUGAUGUUGUUAGGCGAAGAGUUGCUUCUAGCUGCUCAUUUCAAAUGUUUUUAGGUCGAUUCUUGCAGAAGAAAUUUCGAUAUGGUUCUUCACUUAGUAGAAUUUCUUCCAUUAAGAUCGCACUGCAUUCUGGUGGAUGUGGAAGUGUUCAGAAUUUUUACCAUAGAAGUUCACUUGGGUGUUGUUGGCUUAAUCUAAAGACUUUAAGAGAGAUUUCACAUCAUGAGGCAAGAAUGCAAACAAUAACAAAACAAUUUUCUACAAACAGUGAAGAAGAUGUGGUUGAUGUUUUGGUCCCUCCAUUGGCAGAAUCUAUUUCUGAUGGAACUUUAGCCAAGUUCUUAAAGAAUCCAGGUGAUAGUGUUAGUGUUGAUGAAACAAUAGCUCAAAUAGAAACAGAUAAGGUUACAAUUGAUGUUCCUAGUCCAACAACAGGCAUAAUUCUAAAGCUUGUAGUCAACGAAGGUGAUACAGUUAAACCAGGUCACAAGAGUGAAUCCGAAGAAGAUUCUCCUCAACCAGGCCAAAAGAUCAGUGAGAAGAAAAAAGCACCUAAUGUUGAGGCUACACCUAAAAGAAUUGAGACUUCAGUUACCACUAAGGAAAGUCCUAAAGCAAACAUUGCUCCACAACUUCCACCCAACAAAGGAGAAAGACGAGUAAGUGAUAAUUAUUCUUAUUAUUAA